GCUUGCGUGCUUCAUUGCCUCCCUCGCCGCCGGCCAUGGGAUUUCGAACCUCUCCGCCCUUGGUACCACCGCCUCCCAUCCAAGCAUCCUUUGUGACCAAGGCUCCACAGCCAGUCCCGAUGACCGCUUCCUACGUGGUCAGUAUGCCAGCAAGAGUCAGUAUGCCGAGCCGAGGUGGUGCACCCAUGCACUGCAGCCAGCCUUCGCUUUUCAGGGCACCCCACUCACCCAAGGCCAAGGCAUCGCCCCAGGCACCGCCUCAGGCAUCCAAGGCACCUGAGCCUCCUAAUGAAUGGGCAUACUUCUCGGAUGCAGAGAUGGUUGGCUUGGCCAAGCAGAUGCUUCGUGGAUCCAUCUCACCCCAUCUUCUCAAGAAGCUAAGCCGUCGGGAGCUGGUGGGUUUGCUCCGAAGAUCCUCCACGAGCCAAAGCCCAGCUCGAGGAGGGCUUCGCCAGCGACAAAAUGCAAUGGGUCCUUCCAUGAGUGAGGCCAGAUUGGAAGAUGCUGAGAAGCAAUUGGCCUUGGCAAAGGCGGAGGCCCUCGCGUCCUUUUCUCAAUUCCACGUGGCCUCACACAGUGGGGGUGUCUCACUGGAGGGGGUGUCACCCACGGUGACACUACCAGACGACGAGCUGGAGCGCUAUCUCUUCGAGGAGGCUUUGACGAGCACGGCCACAAGCACGGAAAAGAGUGAGACGAGCACAGAGCAGAGACGUGCACUUUCGCUGGACCGGUUUAUUUACAAGCUAGCCCUGAGUGUCGUGGUACUUGCAAUGUCGGGAUAA